GACUUAUCUAAGACUUAACGCCCCAUUUUGCAGAAAACUUUCCAGUUCCAGCUUUUUGCCGGCUCUCGGGAACAAAUAUGUGAAAUUUAUUUAGUGUUGUAAGUGUAUGGAAAAAGAAGACAAUACCUUGAAAAUACCAGAGUUAAGGCAAUGGACCAAGCACAGCUGGAUAAUAUAGCAGAGAAACUGGACAUUAAAUACAGCGUACUGGACAAUCUGAAAGAUGGAAAAUCAACGUACAGAUCUCAAAUUGUCCUCACCAACAAUUCAGAUUUUCCGUUGGAGUAUAAACACCAUUGGAAAAUCUACUUCUGCCAUAUCCGUAUGGUGGAACCAGGAACGCUGCCGAAGCACAAUGAAGCCGAGAAAAAGAAGGAAGGGGUCAAGUUCUCCCACGUCAAUGGGUGUCUAUUUGCUUUGGAACCUUUGAAGACUUUCAGGACAUUAGAGAAAGGCGAAAGUAUGACAAUCAAGUUUAAAUGUCAGUAUUAUUGUGUAGCUAGAACAGAUUUAUUACCAAACUGGUAUAUUGUUUCUGGGAAUUUAGAACCUCGAAUCCUCAAAUGUACAAGUAUGCCCGACUUAGGCUUUGUUGAGCCUUUUGAUAAACCCGAAAAGUGGAAAAGAUUUAAUUAUAAGCAGGAAAAUGGAGUGAUGAGAACAGACAGGUAUGAUCCUUAUACCCCAGGGAAGAGAUUCCAGAGGAAUACAGUGGAGGACAUGGGGAAGCCAGGUACCCCCGUACUGCCCUCCCCAGCAAAGGCUUCUUAUGACUGGGAAAAAACCGCCAAUUUCUCCAUGGAUAAUCUGACCAUUUACUGUGAUACAAAAUUAGAGAAUGAAGCUCUAUUUCUUAAAGAAAAACUAAGGAUAGAAUGCAAAGUCUCAAAUGAUGAAAAUUCCUUACCAUCAUCUAAUGUUAUAAUGCUGAAACUUCAAGAUACAAAAGAUGACCCAGCUUCCUCCUACAAACUUUCAGUUAAUCCUGCCCUCUCAUUUGUUAAAAUUGAGGCCAAUGACCCAGUUGGGGCAUUUUACGGUAUACAAUCAUUCCUUUCCAUAUUGGAAAACGAGAGAGUGCCAGAAGUGGAAAUUGAAGACCAUCCAAGGUUUACAUACAGGGGCAUGCAUCUGGAUGUUUCUAGGAACUUCCAUGGAAAACAUCAAGUUAUGAAACUUCUAGAUGUCAUGGCCAAAUACAAGAUGAACAAAUUCCACUUCCAUCUGACAGACGACGAAGGGUGGCGACUGGAAAUUCCAGGACUGGAAGAACUUACAGAUAUUGGAAGCAAAAGAGGUCAUGACCUUACCGAGAGGACCUGUAUAUUGCCUAUGCUAGGUUCAGGGCCUCACUUGACCUCUUCAGGGACCGGCUUCUACUCAGUAGAGGACUACCAAGAAAUCCUACAGUUUGCCAGACGUAGGCAUAUCGAAGUAAUCCCAGAAAUUGACAUGCCUGGUCAUAGUCAUGCAGCCAUUAUGGCAAUGAAAGCCCGUUACUACAAAUAUAAGAAGAUGGGUGAUAUAAAAAUGGCCGAGGAGUUCCUGCUGUGUAGUGUUGAUGAGACUUUACAUGCUCAGUCUGUGCAGAUGUUUUCGGAGAAUUCAGUGGAUCCUGGAUUAGAGUCUACAUACAGGUUUGUGGAUAAAGUGGUAGCAGAGGUGCAGAAGAUACAUGAGCCAGUUGCACCUCUCCAGACAUUUCACUUUGGAGGUGAUGAGGUUCCAUAUGAAACUUGGGAAGAUUCAGAAGCAUGUAAAGCAUUGAUCAAAAGUAGAAAAGUCAAAGGCUUCUCCAAACUAAUGGAAUAUUUUGUAAAGCGUGUGGCUAAAAUUGUGGCUAAGCAUGACUUGAUGAUGGGUGCGUGGCAGGAUGGGGUAAUCCAUGAUGAAGUGUCCCUUGAGCCCGUGGACAGGUCGGAAUUUCCCAACAAAGAAGUCCAUGUGUACACCUGGCAGAAUGUGUGGGAGUCCGGUCUAUCCGGCUGUGCCUACAGAUUAGCUAACAAUGGCUACAAGGUUGUUAUGGCUCAGGGCACCCACCUUUAUUUUGACCACCCCUACGAACCAGACCCAGAGGAACGUGGACUGUACUGGGCGUGCCGCUUCUGUGAUACCAGGAAAACAUUUGGCUUCAUGCCAGAUAACAUCUACGCCAAUGCAGACGUCAAGCUGACCGGUGACCCCAUUACUAUGGAAACUUUAUUGACAAAGCACCCAGAAGACCAUGAUCCACUAGAGGAGCAUGAAAAUAUUCUAGGAAUGCAGGGACAUUUGUGGACGGAAUUAGUGAGAACCUCAGAUGAGAUGGAUGCCAUGAUUUUCCCUCGUCUGCUGGCCGUCGCUGAACGGUCAUGGCACAAGGCAUCAUGGGAAGACGUGGAGGACAGCACUUCAAGGGGAGCCAGGAUGAACAAGGACUGGGCAGUUUUUGCUAACAGUUUGGGCUACAGGGAACUGAAGGUGCUGGACAGGCUGGGUGUGGCUUAUCACCUCACUCCUCCAGGGGCAAGGAUAGUAAAUGGGGAGCUGGAAAUGAAUGCAGUGUAUCCAGGACUUCCUCUUUUCUAUAGUCUGAAUGAUGGGAAAACAUGGCUUCUAUAUGAAAAGAAAGUGAAAGUAGAUUCAAAAUCAGAAAUUAAACUAAUGUCCAAGUCAGCUGAUGGAAAGAGGGAAAGCAGGAUUGUGAUAUUAGACCCUACUGUAGCCGAAACUUAGAAGAAUGGACAGGUUUACUAUGUUUACAAAGCUUCUCAGGAUUAAAACAUAAUCAACCCCUUAAAUAUUGAACUCAGUAUAAUACAUGUAUGUGUACUGUUGAACAUGUGCUCUCAGUUGGGAGAGGAUUUAUAUUGUUUUCACAUUUUAUUAAUUUAUAUAUCAGUUUAUUGGUUUUUUUUUUACUUUUUUCUUUGAUAUUUACAUGUACAUUAAUUUCUCCUUGUGCAAUUUUUUUUGCAACUGAACAAAGUAAUAGCAUUUUUUUUUUCGCCAAAGAACACUUCCUGGGUAUUUUAUUAUGUGCAAA